CAUAAGUAUCUUACUUUUUCUGCGACCCUCGCGCUGUACCCGUCGAGGCCUGUCAGUAGACAGGACAGUGGAGGCGCUGCAGCAGUGAAGGGUGUGUGUAUGUGUUGUUGUGCUGUUGCUCACUCUUGAGUUCUGAGAAGUAAAUUCAGCGCAAGAGAGGAACUGAAUGUCACAAAAUUUUACUGAUAGAAAGCGCUGGUCCCUCAUCAUAUGCGGCAAAACCACAAAUGCGGUACCAUUGAGCUGAAGCAGCUGUUACCAGAAUUAAGAGGCAUCAUGAAUUCAACCCCAGAGCCAGAAUCAGACUAUGGUGACUAUGAAUACCAAAUUCCAGCCCCGAGUAUGACUCCAGCAACUUGCACGGAUGCAACAUGUGUUUUCUUAGCAAUAGUCAAUGUGAUCAUCUUCGUCCUGGGUGUCGUUGGAAAUGGUUUGGUCAUCUGGAUUGCAGGGUUUAAGAUGAAGAAGUCGGUCAACACCACCUGGUACCUGAGUCUGGCUGUGUCUGACUUCCUGUUCUGCUCCUUCCUGCCCAUCAGUAUUGCUUAUACGGUCAAAAAAGACUGGGUCUUUGGACUCCUCAUGUGCAAGUUCACUUCCUUCAUCUUGUUCCUCAACAUGUUCAGCAGCAUCUUCCUCCUCGUCAUCAUCAGUGUGGACCGCUGCGUGGUCGUUAUGUUUCCUGUGUGGGCUCAGAACAAGCGCACCGUAAGAAAGGCUUCUGUGGUAGUCGUGCUAGCUUGGAUCACUGCAGCAUUGUUUAGUAAACCAUCAGCUUUUUUCCGUGACAUUGAGCGUGACAUAUUCGAGGACAGAAAUAUUUGUUUCAACAAUUACACAUCUGCUGAGCAGCAUGCUGCCGUAGUGUCCUGCCGCUUCGUUUUUGGAUUUUUGAUGCCAUUCCUGAUCAUUAUCUUCUGUUACGUCUUCAUCAUACAAAAACUAAAGCUGAACCAGUCAGCGAGGUCCAAAAAGCCAUUCAAGAUCAUGACAGCGCUGAUCGCUACUUUCCUCAUCUGCUGGCUGCCGUUUCACACUGUUGCUUUGAUGGAACUAAACCACCACAAAUACGCGAGUAUUCUCCCUACUGGACAGGUAAUUGGCACCACCUUUGCCAGUGCUAACAGCUGUCUGAACCCGUUUCUUUAUGCGUUCAUGGGGAAAGACUUUAAGAGGAAAUGUCACGCGCUUCUGUCGAAGAUCGAGAAUGCAAUCGAGGAGGAGGGCCGGAGCACAGUCCGAGGAACAUCCAUUACCACGUCUGGAGAAGGCAAACUUUCGACUGUUGUUUGAAAUCAUCAGUGACUAUCGAAAGAAAGAAAAAGAGACUGAAACAAUCAGUCAAACUGCCAGCUCAGUAUAAAAAAAGGAACAUGUGGGAGACUUUACAGUGUAUGUAUCGUUGAUCCUUUGAAAAGUGUCUCAGUUAAUCUGCGCUAUAAAGAAUCUCUGUGUUCAGAUAGACACCCAUAAAUGGAUAAGCUUUUACUCAAAAAAGCCCAGGCAAUUCAGGGCAUUGUGAAAGAUGCUUAACAAACUGUUAUUCUCCUACAAAAGCUUUUAAAACUUUUCACAGUCAUAACAAUGCUUUAUUUUGACUGGUACCAGCAGAGGAGGGCAUGCUGUGUAGAUAAAAAGCUCCUCGAGUCACUUAGACUAGUAAUUUUAAAAUUAAUUCAGAUUUUUACUGCCAGUUAGUUUUUUACUGUAAUGGCAUACUAUUGGUCAACCUACACACAUAUUUUGAGUCAUUUACUACCACAGUGUUGUCUCAAGAGGCUAGAAUGGGCUAUUAAUCAUGGUAUAAAACAAUGCUUUAACAAUGCUAAAACCAAUACAGAAACAUUUAUAAAGUGUAGAAACUGGGACUAAAUACCAGAUUAGCAUUACAAAAAAUGGCAUAUAUAUUUCCCCAGGUUACAAAUGGAGUGAAUCAUGGGUCUUACAAAAACAACAAAAGUAAUAGCUUCUAACUGUUGCUAUGCACCUUUAGAAGGUGGCAGUGAGUAAUGUUUUGUUUAUUUGAUGUUUGCUAAUAACACCUUUAGAGGGCAGCAG